GUGAGAGGUAAUCAGUAUUAGAGGAGAAGGGCGAUAAUAGCGGCUUACGGGUACGCUUUGGGAGAUCAAAGCCUUGUUUCCAGAAUCUCGAUUUUCUCCUUUCGUAACUCAAUUUAUGGUUUUUUGGGUUUGCGGCUCACUGGACGCUUAUUCUCUCCCUCUCUGAGCCAUGGCUUCGUCUACUAUGGUCAUCAAGGUCAAGUAUGGGGAUACAAUGAGGCGUUUCAAUGCUCGUGUUGAUGAGAAUGAUACUCUAGAUCUGGACAUUGGUGGAUUGCGGUUCAAAAUAUAUGGUCUUUUCAAUUUCCAGCUUGAUGAAGACAUCAGUAUGACCUAUAUUGAUGAAGAUGGUGAUAUAGUGACUCUGGUCGAUGACGAGGAUCUGCGCGAUGCUUUGAGGCAGAAUAUGAAAUUCUUGAGGAUUGAUGUACAUAAGAAAGAUGGCAAAGAAGAGAAAUCUUAUGCCAAAUCAAGUGGGAGUUCCACUCCUCUAAUCAACCCUGAGCCUCUCCGUGAACUGAUCUCCAAGGUUCCUCUUGAGUUGGCAUCAAACGGCCUUGGUCCAGGGCUUGUGGAUCUUGUUGACUGCUUUUCAAAGAUGGGAUUGUCUUAUUUGCUUCAGGCUGGUGGAGUUUCAGGUGUCCAGAAUGAUUCAUCUGAGAGACCUGUAGCUCCGUCUGCCAAUGAAAUGAUGGAUGGGGUUAAGUCAGAAACCAUGUUGAAGCCUCCAUCUGAGGAUGUUGUCAAUGUGACCAAGGAUGUGGGAAUAUCUACUCCAUCUCACAAUGCUCCAGUUGAUCUCAAUGUUCUUCCUGCUGAUUCUAAUCCAUCUGGACCUACGCACAUUAAUAAUAAACCAGUCGGAGCGAGUCUUCAUUCUGUUGAGGUCAGGAAGGAGGCAAAGAAGGUUACCAGUGGUCAGCUCAAUGGCAAGUCUCUUGAUUGUAGUGGAUCCGCAAGUUCUCCUAUCCCUGCAUGGAAUGAUUGGAAUCUAAAUGGCAUGAACAAUAAUCUUUCCAAUGAAUGUCCAUUUUCAGGGACUCCUAUUGUGAAUGACUGGGCUCCUGUUGCACAUCGUCGUCUUCAUCCUUUUAAAAGGAAUCAUUCUGAAGCAAUGGGUAGUAUGUUCCACACUGGUGUUCGGUGUGAUGGCUGUGGUUGUCAUCCUAUAAUUGGACCACGGUUCAAGUCCAUAGUGAAAGAAGAUUAUGACCUCUGCCGUAUCUGUUUCUCGAGUAUGGGCAAUGUGGCUGAGUACAUUAGGAUUGACCACCCUGUGUCUUAUCGCCAUCCUCGUCCUUUCAAGGGGAUGCAUAAACAUCCUCCGUGGAUGGGUCCUCCAGCAUUAUCGAAGAUGUCUAAAGCAAUGUCACCUGCCUGGAGAAAUUGUAGCAUGAAGCAUGGGCGACCUAAGCUUGAUAGCCGCUUCGUUUUGGAUGUUAAUGUAAUGGAUGGUACCUUAAUGGCCCCGUCUACUCCAUUCACCAAGAUUUGGCGGAUGCGCAACAAUGGGGGUUUGAUCUGGCCUAAAGGAACCCAACUCAUGUGGAUUGGGGGAGACAGGUUUAGCAAAUCAGAUUCAGUUGAGAUAGAGAUUCCUGCCCAUGGUGUGUCUGCUGAAAAUGAACUUGACAUUGCUGCUGAUUUUACUGCACCCGAGUCACCCGGCCGAUACAUCUCAUACUGGAGGAUGGCUUCUCCAUCUGGUCAGAAGUUUGGGCAACGUGUUUGGGUUUUGAUUCAGGUGGAUGCUUCACUUAACGAUACAAUAUUUGAGAGCUUUCAAGGUUUGAACCUGAAUCUGCCCCCUGAGGACAUGGAUAACUUUCCUCAGCAACAUGUCGGCAGUGACUUUAGCCAGGCUCCUUCUACCUCUAACUUAGUGAAGGAACCAGCAAUUCCGAUUCCUAAUGAGCAGCCUGAAAAUGAUCAGGAUCUUAACUUCCCGAUAAAUGAUAGCUUGCUGGUUGGCCAGAGUCUUCCUGCCCCUACUGCCCCUACUGCCCCAGUGACUUCUUCAACUGUUUCGUACCCCACUGUUGACCCGAGUGUUCCAGCCCCUGUGCAAGUGGCAUCUUCAACUGUGACAUACCCCACUGUUGAUAUAUUUGAACCAGCCCCAUCCUCCCCUAAAUCUCCUCCUGUAGUCACUGCACCAACAUCAUCUGAAGGGACCAGCUCAGACAAUCCGGUGGAGGACACCCUCCUCAAGGAGCUCGAAGGCAUGGGAUUCAAGCAGGUGAAUUUGAACAAGGAAAUUCUGCGCAGGAAUGAGUACAACCUGGAGCAGUCUGUGGAUGAUCUCUGUGAUUAUGCUGAAUGGGAUCCUAUUCUUGAAGAGCUUCAGGAAAUGGGCUUCUGUGAUACAGAGAUGAACAAGAAGCUGCUUGUGAAGAACAAUGGGAGCAUUAAGCGUGUGGUUAUGGAUCUUAUCAAUGCGGACAAGCUUUAGACAAGAAGUGAACUUAUAAACUUAGUAUUAUAUAUAGAUAGUACUUAUCAGAAAUAAUGGCCUGGCAUUAGCCAUGCACUAUGCUGCUUUUGUGCUUUGGUUUGUAAUUAAGUUAUAUUAUUUUAGUUCUGGUGUGGAUAUCUAUUCUAAGUUACGGAAUUUUAGUUUGUAUA